AGGAGUUCCAGAUUAUCACUUCAGGUACUGAUCGAAAAAUUGGCUACUGGGAAAUGUAUGAUGGUUCACUUAUCAGAGAGCUAGAUGGAUCUCGAUCAGGCUCGGUAAAUGGAAUGGAUAUCACCAAAGAUGGUCUGAGAUUUGCAACGGGAGGCGAUGAUAAAAUCCUUAAGGACUUAGCUUAA